UGCAGCUCCACCUGGAGGCUGAUGAGACAUCACGCCGACUGCGCCCCGGCCAGAGCAAGGAGACGUCGACAUAAAAUAUAUCCGUUCCCACAAUAAGCAAUUCUGUCCAAUUCGAUAUCAAACUUCGGAAUAUUGCAUUGAAUUCAAUUGUGCUGUAAACGCUCUCAGGUACACUGGUCCUUUCAUAACUUAAAUUCUAACGCGUGUCAUUGUAUUCACCUUCCCAGUUUUUCAUCCGUGUCCUCACGCAACCACGCCCCAACUUCUGCAACUAGCUUAAGCUGCAAACCGACCUGCAUAUCUUCACAUCAACACAUCUACACAUCAACACAUCAACGAAAAUAGCAGAGGAAAGGAAAGAAGAACGCACGGAGCUAUCUACCUCAGUACGAUCUCUCUGUCUCUACCCCGGCAGGCCAACAAGGACUCAUCCCCUCUUGAUUGAAACAAUGGCCACCACUCAAUCCUCCCAGCUGCCAACCACAACGACAACAGCGGCCAAUGGCACCAGCAAUACCACCCACAUCACCUCCCCAGCACCCAUGCCCACGCCUCCAGCCUCCUCCUCCCACUCAACCGCAGACGACGACGACAACACCCCCCUCUUCUGCCCCUCUUACAUCUCCCCAGCAGUCCAAGAACAACUACCAGAAAACUACACAAUCCGGCCCCUCCAGCGCUCAGACUACUUCUCCGGCUACCUCGACGUGCUCCGUGUCCUGACCACCGUCGGCGACUUCACCGUCGAGCAGUGGAACGAGCGGUAUGACUGGAUGGCGAAGCGGAACGGGGAGUAUUUCCUGCUGGUCAUCUGCGAUGGGUCUGGGAGGGUGGUGAGCACCGGCAGUCUGAUUGUCGAGCGCAAGUUUAUUCAUUCGCUAGGCAUGGUGGGGCAUGUGGAGGAUAUUGCAGUGGAGAUGGGGCAGCAGGGGAAGAAGCUGGGCUUGAGGAUGAUUCAGGCGUUGGAUUAUGUGGCGCAGAAGGUUGGGUGUUAUAAGAGUAUCCUCGAUUGCUCAGAAGCCAAUGAAGGUUUCUAUCUGAAGUGCGGCUUCAAGCGCGCCGGCCUCGAAAUGGCCCAUUACUAUAACCGACCUGAGUAGAAAAAUUAAAAGAAAUUUUUCACGCCCCCUCUUUCCGAAAGAAUAUAAUUAAUAAAUACACCCCGACUCAUAACGCGCACAUCACAAAACACCUCCCUCCCUCUUGCCGUUCCAAUCCCUCCUCCAAGCCUCUCUUCCUCUGCCGCAAUGGAUCAGUCAAAAUGGGGAAACUCUAAUCGCAAAAUCCACAAGACAAAAACCUUCGGCGUUUCUCGUCCCACAGCGCUCUCUCGUCCGGGAAGGGGAAAGAAGAAAAAAAAAAAAAAGGAAAAAAAAAGAGAAGAAAAACAGGCCUUACCCAACGAAACAGCGUAAGGAGUGGAAGGGGAUCACCUAUAUUUAUCACCGAUUUUACUGGAGAAAGUUCAUAAAUAUUUACUACCCCCGGUUUCCCGUCUCACUAUGAACCCACCCAGCGGCGGAAUAUCAAAAUGAAAUAGUUCAGGGCGUGUAUGAUAAUAUACAGCACCACAAUACACACACACACAGACACACACACCGCAGCCAGCGUCCGUUAAUAAUAACAGGCAGGUGUUGGAUUGGCUGAGAUUCUAUUUUAUUAGAUUGGACUGGGCUGUGGAUGGGUUGGGAUGUAAGGGUUUUCCUUUUCCUUUUCCUUUUCCUUUUCCUUUCCUUUCCUUUUUUUUUUUUUUUUUUCCAGUUUGGGUUUUGCGUGGUUUAGAAAGCGAUCGACGUUUGUUUUGUUUUAUAUUACCUACUAUAUUUUAUGUUUUAAUUGGGAGGAAGGAAAGAAAGGCUUUCUCUUCUUUUUUUUUUUUUUUUUUUUUUUUUUUUUGGGUUUCUUGUCUUUUGGUUGCUAGAUGUGGGACGGGAAUGGCGACAUUCCAAAUGAUACCUAGGAUACAUCAUACAUUAUACACGUACUGUACUGUACAUACAUGCAGAUAUACAUAGAUGGUAUAGAUGGUGUGCAAGUUUAAUUCUUUUGAUUUUUCCUCCUUCUCUCCCUUUUACUUUCUCUUGUUCAACGCCAUGAGUAUGCACGAAAAGGUAACUAGACGAUCAAGGGGUAGUUAAGAGGGGGAUGGCAGAUUGUCAGGGGCUUGCGCUGUCCCGCAAGUAAAAGCACCAUUAACCUGCCGACCAAGCUGGGAACUGGAAGCUGGUAAGUUGGCCUUCACUCACAGUCGCGCACCUUAUUAGUGUAAUUUAUAUAAGAGAUAAAAAUAGAGUUAAUGAUGAAAUUGAGGAUGAAAUUGAGUAAUAU